CAGGCACGCUCUCGCAUCUGCGCAGAGCAACGAGUGGCACGCUGCGGCGCACAAUGUGCCGCAGCAAAGUGCCGCUGCACCUUCUGCAGGGCGCCGCCGGCAGCACUGCCCUGCGCUUCUACUCGUCGCGCCAGGGCUGGGAUCCCUGGGAUCUAGAUGGAGACGGUGGCCCGUGGGGCAGCCUUGACGCUCAGGCGGACGCGCCGGCGGAUCAGCAGGCGGCUGCCCGGAUGAGCAGCAGCCGCUCUGCACAGGCCUCUGCCUCGACGACGCCGCCACGUAGCGCACAGUCGUGGUCGUCAUACAUGGGCGACAGCGACGGCGAAGACUCGCCAUGGGCCUCACUCGACGCGAUCGCAGAUGGCGCAGAACACCUCGCCGUGCCGUUUUCGCCCAGCCAUUCGCCGGAUCCUCCAUCGACGCGGCCUCCUUCGAGUCCGCAUUCGCCGCUGCAGUCCGAACCACGCGUGGUGCACAACACCGCAUCUUCACCUUCUCGACCGCAAGACGCCUUUAGACAGCAAGCAGCGCGUCCACCUCCGUCCAGCGCCGCCCCAGCUGCACGUUUGACGCACGUCGAUCCCGGUUCCGGAGAAGCAUCCAUGGUCGACGUCUCUGCGAAGGCCUCAACCUCACGAUCAGCCACUGCAUCUGCGCGCGUGUACAUCCCAGCCUCGGUCGUGCCCCUCAUUCGCGCGAGCUCCGACUCGUCGACAGUGGCUCCCGCUGCGCCCGAGGCAUGGCGCAACAAAGGGCCGGUGCUGCACACGGCGCAGCUGGCUGGCAUCAUGGCUGCCAAGCGCACCGCCGACCUCAUCCCGCUCUGCCAUCCGCUGGCGCUAUCACACGUGGAGGUGGUGCUUGAGGUCGUCGAGCCUGCCCUGUCUUCCUCGCAGCCCGACCUCUCCGGGCUGCCGGGCCAGAGCACCGACGGAGGCUUUGGCCUGGACGCGCUCGGCGCCGACGAGGCGUGGGACGAGCCGUCGUCCUCUCCGGAGGAGCGCGCAUGGAUCGCGAAGCAGCUGGCCGAGAUCGACGGCGGCCAUGAGACGGCGCCGAGCGCGAGUGCCGAGCCUCAAGAAGGCAGCGCGGGCGAGGCAUACAUCAGCGUGCGCUGCACGGCACGCACUAGCGGUCCGACGGGCGUCGAGAUGGAGGCGCUGACGGGCGCCAGUGUCGCGUGCCUGACGCUGUGGGACAUGCUCAAGAGCGUCGGCGGGCGCACGAUGCGCAUCGACGGCCUCUGCGUCACGGCAAAGUCGGGCGGCAAGAGCGGCGACUGGACGCGCAGCAGCGAAUGAAGGGAAUGACAGAUUGCAUGCUGCUGCGCCUCCUUGUGAGAGACGCGCAUUGGGGGUGACGCGCCGAGACCAUGUGUGAGGUGAUGAAAGGUGCGCUACAUGAUGAGGA